GGCGAGGAUUGAGACUCUUAAGUCAGGAGAAGUUUGCGCACAGCUUCACAGCUGGGCGAGCGCAGGAAGGCGCUGACAAGGAAAGCCAGCCCCCCAGUCUCUGGGUGGGCUGCGCCGCGCGACUGGCGGCCUUCCCGGGUUGGAGAGGUGGGCACGUCCGCACCUCACCCUGCGGCUGACAUCUUCUGCCCAUGAGACGGGCACUGAAGCUUGGACUCCUGAAUCCCCGGAGCCACACCUGCGAACGCCCUUCGCUUCUAUUGAGCUGUGCCUGGCCGCCCAGUGACAGAAUUCCAGGACAAAGAGAUCUUCAAAAACCAAAAAUGAGGUUCGCAUUUACAUGCCGGUGCUUCGCACUGUUUCUGCUUCUAAAUCACCCAAUCCCAAUUCUUCCUGCCUUUUCAAAUCAAACCUAUCCAACAAUAGAGCCCGAGCCAUUUCUUUACAUCGUAGGACGAAAGAAGAUGAUGGAUGCACAGUACAAAUGCUAUGACCGGAUGCAGCAGUUACCCCCAUACCAAGGAGAAGGUCCAUAUUGCAAUCGCACCUGGGAUGGAUGGCUGUGCUGGGAUGACACACCGGCUGGAGUACUGUCCUAUCAGUUCUGCCCAGAUUAUUUUCCAGAUUUUGACCCAUCAGAAAAGGUUACAAAAUAUUGUGAUGAAAACGGCGUUUGGUUUAAACAUCCUGAAAACAAUCGAACCUGGUCCAACUAUACUAUGUGCAAUGCUUUCACUCCUGAGAAGCUGAAGAAUGCGUAUGUUCUGUACUAUUUGGCUAUCGUGGGUCAUUCUUUGUCAAUUUUCACCUUAGUGAUUUCCCUGGGGAUUUUCGUGUUUUUCAAGAGCCUUGGCUGCCAAAGGGUAACCCUGCACAAGAACAUGUUUCUUACUUACAUUCUGAAUUCUAUGAUUAUCAUCAUCCACCUGGUUGAAGUAGUACCCAAUGGAGAGCUCGUGCGAAGGGACCCGGUGAGCUGCAAGAUUUUGCAUUUUUUCCACCAGUACAUGAUGGCCUGCAACUAUUUCUGGAUGCUCUGUGAAGGGAUCUAUCUUCAUACACUCAUCGUCAUGGCCGUGUUUACUGAGAAGCAACGCUUGCGGUGGUAUUAUCUCUUGGGCUGGGGGUUUCCGCUGGUGCCAACCACUAUCCAUGCUAUUACCAGGGCCGUGUACUUCAAUGACAACUGCUGGCUGAGUGUGGAAACCCAUUUGCUUUACAUAAUCCAUGGCCCUGUCAUGGCGGCACUUGUGGUCAAUUUCUUCUUUUUGCUCAACAUUGUCCGCGUGCUUGUGACCAAAAUGAGGGAAACCCAUGAGGCGGAAUCCCACAUGUACCUGAAGGCUGUGAAGGCCACCAUGAUCCUUGUGCCCCUGCUGGGAAUCCAGUUUGUCGUCUUUCCCUGGAGACCUUCCAACAAGAUACUUGGGAAGAUAUAUGAUUACGUGAUGCACUCUCUGAUUCAUUUCCAGGGCUUCUUUGUUGCGACCAUCUACUGCUUCUGCAACAAUGAGGUCCAGACCACCGUGAAGCGCCAAUGGGUCCAAUUCAAAAUUCAAUGGAACCAGCGCUGGGGGAGGCGCCCCUCCAACCGCUCGGCUCGCGCUGCAGCUGCGGCGGAGGCCGGCGACAUCCCGGUUUACAUCUGCCAUCAGGAGCCGAGGAAUGAACCAGCCAACAACCAAGGCGAGGAGAGUAUUGAGAUCAUCCAUUUGAAUAUCAUAGAGCAAGAAACAUCCGCUUGAAUGUGAAGCAAACACUGCAUCGUGAUCACUGAGCCAUCAUUUCCUGGGAGAAACACCAUGUGUUUAAAGUGUUCUCCAUCCUCCCAGGAACCGAACAUAUCAUUUGUGAAGAAUUAUUCAGUGAAUUUGUCCAUAGUAAAUUUGAAGAAAGUUAAUCUUGGUACUAUUGCUUUGGGAGACAGUCUAGGAAUGGAAUCUCCCACUGCAACUUGUGAACUCCAUCAUUCAUCCAGGACUGAGAUGCAAAUGUCACAGUAGUGCAAGCAAAGUAUCAAAGAAAAAACAAUGAAAUUGACCUAGUUCAGAUACAGGGUGCUCCUUGUCAAUUUUGAGCCAUUUAUAACUUUGAAAAAUUAAAAUCAUUGUCAAUAUUUUUCUUUUUAACUCUGGAUUUUGAAUUAGAAUAUUUCUGUAUUUGGCUAUGGAUCUGAUUUUUAUUUUUUUUAAUUUCAGUCAAUUCUGAUGUUACUGAGAUGUUUUACCAUCCUUACAAUGUAAACCACAUGAACUACGUGACCUCUGCAAGACAAAGUGGCUUUCUAAUAGAGAGAUUACUAAAUAUGUGAAGAAAAAUACCUGCAUUUGGCAGGAAGAUGUAUGCUUUGAAUGCAAAAGAAAUUUAGAGUCAAUUUGCUGGAAACAUUACAUGCUCAACUUGGUUUUGGAUAAUCCUGUCCAUUGGGCAGGCCCUAGCUGUUGUAAAGAAUUGGUCUUAAUGUUGAAUGUACUUUAGUUGCUGACAUUUAUAAACUGAGAGGUCACAAAAAAAUCUAUCACUAAAAAUUUUUACAAAACUGCCAAAAAUAUAAUUCUUAGUGGAAGACAAUACUCUCUUUAAAGAGAGUUUUCCACUUUCCUAAACUCCAGGAUUUAUAAAGCAAAUUACUCCAAGGUUUAUAAAGCAGAUUACCUCUUGCCCUUGGGUGCUAUCUAACAGUAAGAGAUAAAUUUGUUGAAAAUUGGUAAUUAAAAGACUCCACAUAAGUCCAUUAACUGCUUUCUACCCAGCUUCAAAGCUUAACAAGAUCUCAGUUUUUUUCCAGGAAGAUUCAGGAGGGCUAAUUAUAAAUCAUUUUGUGGUUGACCUCUUGUUUCUUGUUAUUACCAAAAUAGGAGGGGGAAAAAAAUUAGCUGCUACAAAUUUAACCAUAAAUUAAUUCAUGUUUAACGGUUCUCAUUAAAAUCCAGUAUUGUAUUCCCAUAUCUCUCUUUACUUCCCAGUAUAAGAUUUUUGACAAUCCUGAAUAAACUAGUAUCAUUAAUGGCACCUGAAAUUAGUUUGUGAAUUUGCAACAGUAAUCAGAGUUACCAUUAUUUAAUUUGUACACUAAAUGAGGAAGUACAUUGAAACCCUCCAAAUCUCCAGUCUCAUCUGUGUCAUAUUUUGCCACUGCCUUUCAGAAGUGAUUUAGUUGUGGAAAGAUAAUAAAUUGAUUUGUUAUGGUUACAUAUUUAGUGCACCCAGAGAAAAUUAUAUUUCUACAGAGAAAGUGAAUUUUGGAUACUAAAGUAGUUUAAGUCUCCUUUACUGAGUGUAAGGGGGGAAUUGAAAAGAAGGUAUUUUUCCAAUCACAGUGUUAUGUAAUGUUGUUCUAUUUUUGUUUACAAGCAUGGAAAACAGAGUAUUUCUGGCAGCUCUAGUACAAAUGUGAUAAUAUAUUGCUAAAACAUUUUAGAUGUUAUUAUGCUAAUAUAGUAGUGGCUGAAGAAAACAAAAUAGCUUAUUAUAGAAUUGUGCACAGUUCUGCCCAAAUUAUGUGAAAUGUUUAUGCUAUGUAUAUGUAUAAAUUAAUACAGAGCAUGUUAAAAGCAAAAAGAUGUAUAUUUGCAUAUUUUUCUAAAGAAAUAUAUUACUCAUCUUUUCAUUCAUUCAUCUCGUCUCCUGUUCAUUCCAUGCUGUUUUUCAUUUCAGCCAUGGGCUGCUAACAUCCCAUCUCGUUUGUACUGUAGGAGUGGGAAAGAUAAUCUAAAAGCAUAGGUUAAAAACCAUACGCAAACAUAUCAAAUUUAUUAUCUUUAUUAGUACAACCAUCUUUAGUCUCAAUUUGAUUGUAAAUUCAGUGACAC